UACAUUAGGUAUACUGAAAGAGAAAGCACAGCCUAUUAUACAAACUGUACAGAAAGGUUGGGAUGUAGCACGAGAUGCAGCAAAUCUUAUUCCAAAUCCUGA